GAGACAAACACAACAUCUGGAGGACAUCAAAAAGGAAAAGAAGAAAUUUGAUGGAUUUAAAUAAAAAUCAAAGAAAGAUAUAACGAAGACACGGAGGCAUUAAGGAAAUCUUUUGGGGGACAUAAAGACAUGCUGUCUCGGACAUAAACUGACAAUCAAACUAUUGAGGACAGACACUGAACUAUUGGAAGACAACAUGAAGACAUUUCUUGGCCAAAAGGAGAUAUAAAGAAGGGAAAGAACGGGACAUUUGAAGAAACAUCUGAGAAUCGUCCUUGGAGACUGGGCGGCACUUUCAAAGAUACUUGGCAGUUUGGAUGUAACAAGGACUGAGAGGACGCCAUGAUGUCCCUGAGGUGGACUUGUUUCUGCGUCCCUUCAGCCCAGGUCCUGGUCAUGGUCCAGGUCCUGGUCCUGGUCCUGCCCUGCUCUGUGUGGGCGGCUCGCUCAGACAGAAGCAUGAUGUCGGAGGAAUAUUUUGGAGCCACGGUGAACGCCACGGUGCUGGACAGCCGUGGAAACACCGUUCACCUGAUGAGCAGCGAGGACGGGACGUACGGACAGAACUCCCCUAAAAUGGACUCCAGGGGCGUCGUCAUCGCACCUGCACCGCAUCACGGAGUGGUGGACCGGCAGGGCUGCGACCCCAACACUCGUUUCCUGGUUCCUCCCCGCAGCGUCCACUGGGUGGCGCUGCUGCAGAGAGGGAACUGCACCUUUAAGGAGAAGAUUCUGAAGGCCGCCGCGUUCAACGCCACCGCCGUCCUCAUCUACAACAACUCCACCAACAAGACGGUGAAGAUGGGACAUGAAGGGACCGGCGACACGGUGGCGGUGAUGAUCACAGAAGCGUUUGGUAAGGAGAUCCUGGCCCAGCUGGACCGGAACCUGACGGUUCUGGUAUCGGUGUUGGUGGGUCAACGUGGUACCACCAAGACCAUCAAUCGUGGCUCACUGGUGUUCGUCUCCGUGUCCUUCAUCGUCCUCCUCAUCAUCUCCUCAGCCUGGCUCAUCUUCUACUUCAUUCAGAAGCUCCGCUACAGCAGCGCCCGGGGCCGCAGCCAGCGUCGUCUUGGUGACGCAGCGAAGAAAGCCAUCGGGAAGCUGACCACGAGGACGGUGAAGAAAGGAGACAAAGAAACUGAUCCGGACUUUAACCACUGUGCUGUGUGUAUUGAAUCGUACCAGCUGAACGAUGUGGUUCGUAUUCUGCCCUGCAAACAUGUCUUCCAUAAAGUGUGUGUGGACCCCUGGCUGAAUGAACACUGCACCUGUCCCAUGUGCAAACUCAACAUCCUCAAAGCUCUUGGCAUCAUGACCAGUCUUCCCUGCGUGGACAGCGUGGUGUUGGACGUGGAGCGUCUGGGUGUCAGUCGGGCGUCCAGCAGCCAGAGGGCGCCGCUGAGCGACAGCAGUCAGCCGUCCAUCAGCCUGGAGCCGCUCAGCCCCCCCCACCCUGAGGCCACGCCCAGGGCGCCUGCUGACAUCACUGUUGCUGUGACCAGCGGCGGUCACUUCUUCAACAGGAACUCGAUGUCUCCUCGCAGCGUCGUCUGUGAGAUGGAGCUGCCAGACAUUCAGGCCUCACAUGACCUGUAUGACGACAACAAGUCCUGAGGCUUGUUGUCACGGUUACGACCCCCUCCCAUCACCACCACCUCCCUCCUGCUGAUGGACGGACAAUCUUUCAGGACGGGGGGGGUUGAUAAUGACGACCUGGACUGACUUUUGAUCAUUUAUUACAUCGACUGAACUCUGGGUCCUGGUCUCAGUUUAGACUCUCGUAUUUUAUUUCCCAAGAAGAAAAACUCUGGAGGAGGAACCACAGACGGCAGUUUUUAAACAAAUAAUCCAGAGAACUGAACUCCAGAACCACCCUGACCCAGGAUCCAGAACCUGAACUCAGCCCCCUGGUGGAGGGUAGAGGUGUUGUUGUUGAGUUCCUACAAAAGUUCCUGAAUUCCUGAAAGGGUUCUUUGCUUCCUGGAAAACUUUCCUGAAUCCCUCAGUGGUUUCCUGAAACAGGUACCAGGGUCAGGGGAUCCUAAAAGGGAUCUUUGGUUCCUGGAAAACUUGGUGGCUGAUAUGUUCGUGGAAAAGAGAUCCUAAAAUGGUUCCUGAAAAUGGUUCCUGGAAAAGGUUCUGGGUUCUGGAAAAGGUCUUUGACUUCCUAAAAUGCUUCCGCGAAAACUUUAUUAGCUGCUUAAGAGGUUCCUGGUUCCUGAAGAGGGUUUCUGGAAAAGAUCCUGAUUUCUUAAAAGAUUCCUGGGUCUCUGGAAAUGUUCCCAGGAUCCUAAAGAGGUUCUGGAAACAUUCCCAGGGUCUUAAAAGGUUCUUGGAUUCUCGGAAAAUGUCCUAGUUCCUAAAGGCUCCUGUAAAAGUUCCUGAGUGCCUAAAAGUGUUCCUGGAAAAGUUCUUGAGGUCUUUAAAGGGUUCCUUUGUUCCUGGAAAACUUUCUGAGCUCCUAAAGGGGUUCCUGGGUUCCUGGAAAACAGGUCCAAAGAUUUACAGCAGAGACAAUCUCACCUGACCAGAACCAGAGUGAACCCAAAGACCCUGAUGUUCUGCAUUCAGUCUGUCGGUCUAAACCUGCUGAUUCAUUAAACCGACAUUCUGAUUGGCUGCCUGAAGACGCAUCAUUAACGGACUGUUUUCUGUCUGUAAAUACUGACUGAGCUGAUUCUUCCCGUCCUGAAACUAGAACCAGAGGUAGACCUCUACCGGUGGUCCUCUGUGGACUGUUAACUGUCACAGUGUUAACUCCCCUGUAGCAAAAAACAUUUGAUUUAAAGGAACAGUACAACACUUAAGUGAAUCCUCCUGCUCUCUGUUCAGUCAUAAUUGGGGUUCCUUCAGGGGGGCGUCCUGGCCUCGGUCCUCCAGUUUCAAUCUGUCAGAGGAUCAUUUUAGUUUGAUCACAAACAGGUCAGGUCCGCGUUUAUCGAGAGGAAUCAGUCUGAACGUUCAGUUACCGAUGAAGCUUCCUGACCUUCAGCAGCAGAUUGAGACAAAAUUCUUACACAAAUGAUCAUGACGUGUUGUUGAGCUGUGACCGAAGAUUAUUUUGAUUGUCAAUUAAUCUGCUGAUUAUUUACUCAAUUCAUCAUUUUAUCUAUAAAAUGGUGAGAAUUCAUAUACGAGAGCUCAGAGUGAUGUCUCUGCAGAAGCUGGUUUUAAUGAAGAUUAAACAUAUUUCAUCAUCGUCAAUUAGAAAAAGAAAAACAGAAAAUCAAUAUAUUGGAGAAGCUGAACCAGCAGAUGUUUGAUAUUUGACUUGAAUGACUGAAAUUAUUUAUCGAUUAUUAAAAUAGUUGCAGAUUUUUUUUCCAGUCAACUAACCAAUUAAUCAACUAAUCAUUGCAGCUCUAAAGUAUUGUAGUUCCCUUUAGACAAAGGUACAAACCUAAAUUCAGGAAAUAGUUCCACUUAUUAUGUGUACAAAUAACUUAGUGUAUUUAACAAGUUACUGAGAUCAUAUGCGCAAAACUGUGAUGUCAAAGUUAAUAAAAAGCUCAGUAUCAUAAUGAUAUUCACAUACAAGUAAACAAACUCGCAUGGCUUAAAUACAUAAAUAAAUAAGUCUAGGCGACAUGGAAAUUAGAGCAGUAGAUGAUUCCAGUCACAUGGUUUUACAGCCUGUGACUGCUGCAUCAUGUAUAUAAUGUGCAGUUUUGAACAAGCAAUGAAAGGUUCACCUCUCAAUAACAAUAUGAACCUUCUUCAUUAUAUCUCCUAAAGGUUGGAAAACAUACUUCUGUAAUGUGUUGGAAAUACAGCCAACAGUAUAAACACAUCUCAAAUAUUAAAGCUCCAGUAUUAUUGAAAUAUAUGAAUAAAUGAGGUUUGACCUGCUGUAGUUGAGAUAUUUCUCAUUAAGCAGAAAUGUUAUUGGAGUUUGAGUCCUGCUCGUUAUCCUAAUGUGGCUCAUAAGAACAAUCAGUUUAAUUUGUGACUGUUGAAGUUGUAACAGAAACAUCACCUGCAGUUUCCUGAGUGUUUGUGGGGACGUCGGGUGUUUGUGGGGACGUCGGGUGUUUGUGGGGACGUCGGGUGUUUGUCAGGACGUCGGGUGUUUGUGGGGACGUCGGGUGUUUGUGGGGACGUCGGGUGUUUGUCAGGACGUCGGGUGUUUGUCAGGACGUCGGGUGUUUGUGGGGACGUCGGGUGUUUGUGGGGACGUCGGGUGUUUGUAGGGACGUCGGGUGUUUGUCAGGACGUCGGGUGUUUGUGGGGACGUCGGGUGUUUGUGGGGACGUCGGGUGUUUGUAGGGACGUCGGGUGUUUGUCGGGACGUCGGGUGUUUGUGGGGACGUCGGGUGUUUGUAGGGACGUCGGGUGUUUGUCAGGACGUCGGGUGUUUGUCAGGACGUCGGGUGUUUGUGGGGACGUCGGGUGUUUGUGGGGACGUCGGGUGUUUGUCAGGACGUCGGGUGUUUGUCAGGACGUCGGGUGUUUGUGGGGACGUCGGGUGUUUGUGGGGACGUCGGGUGUUUGUGAGGACGUCGGGUGUUUGUCAGGACGUCGGGUGUUUGUGGGGACGUCGGGUGUUUGUGGGGACGUCGGGUGUUUGUGGGGACGUCGGGUGUUUGUGGGGACGUCGGGUGUUUGUGGGGACGUCGGGUGUUUGUGGGGACGUCGGGUGUUUGUCAGGACGUCGGGUGUUUGUGGGGACGUCGGGUGUUUGUCAGGACGUCGGGUGUUUGUCAGGACGUCGGGUGUUUGUCAGGACGUCGGGUGUUUGUGGGGACGUCGGGUGUUUGUAGGGACGUCGGGUGUUUGUGGGGACGUCGGGUGUUUGUGGGGACGUUGGGUCCAGGACAUGGUUAGCCUAGCUUAGCACAAAGAUUGGAUGCAGAGGGAAAUUGCUAGUAUAGCUCCAUCAUAAGAGAAAAAUGAAUGUACCCUAUUAGCUAAGCAGCUAACAGAGAUCAAAACUGACAGAAACAUAAUGGACUCUGGUGUGUGAAGAGGUUUUUAAUGGAUGUUGUUUCCAGUUUAAAAGGUUUUUACACCUUAAAAUACUUUCAAAAAUCAAACAAUAAACAUAAAAGUUUGCACUUUGAAGGUUAUGAAUCUCUUUAAACGUUAAAUGAUAGUUGGUUGACCCCAUAUUUUUGGUUUAAUUAAUGGAUAAAUGACUGGGUUAUGGUGUAAUUUGAGGGGUAAAUAAACAGCAUGAUAGUCAUCUGUGCUGUUUGGUGAAUUAAACAUGGAAACACUUCAACAGUCCACUCAUUAAUCAUUGAAUCUCUAUUUCCCAUCACACAUUUAUGAAACACUGAUGUCUGCUUGUGUUCAGUAAACGGAGGAUUGGAGGGUUUGCUGAAGUGAUGGACUGCUCCUUUAACAUGUAUUACAGCUUGUGAAUUACUCAGCGUGUACUAAUCAGCCCUCAGUGAAAGGCACCGUAUAUAAACAACAUUAUACAAUCUAUAAUCUGACCCAUAGAUCAAUAUUAUCUCUGAAGUGGCCUAAUGAAGUCCUGCAGGUCUCUGAGCUUCUGUCUCUGUGUUCUCGUCUCUGUGUCCAUGUAUACUGAUGAUGAUGAAGAUGUGUGUUAUGCUUUCAGUUCACUGUGUCUUUUACUGCCUCAGCAUCAAAGUGUCAUUAAAGUGUCAUUAUUGCCUUUAA